AUGAUGGCCGACGUUCACGAAGUCCAACCGCUGGUUCGAGAUGUGGCCCCUCGCGGUCAACGUGGAUCGUACGAAGGCGAGCUUGGAUCAACGAGAGAUGAGGACAGUCGCACUGCCUUGCACUGGGCGGUGAUCAGAGGACACCAACAGACGUUGUUUGAGCUUAUGCCCGUGUGUGACGCAAUUGUCAAUGCAAAAGACCGUUUCAACCGUACAGCGCUAUUCUAUGCCGUUGGAGGCCAGGAAUUCUCGAAUUUGAUGGUCGAGAUGCUCCUUCUUGGUGGUGCUCAGGUCAACUACAUCGAUGUUGAUAGGAAAACACCUUUGCUCAUGGCACUUGAGAGAAAAGACCGCCUGCUCACUGGGCGAUUGGCCGAGUUUGAUUCGAUCACAAUGCACAUGAUCAUUGCAGAAUGUCAUCCGAGUAACGACAAAAGCGAGGGCAUGAUCAACAUAUUAGACUUUCUCCUCACACAUGGAGGCAAAGAUCUAAAGAGCACCAAAAAUCGAAAGGGCCAAAGCAUACUUCAUGCAUCAGCAACCACGGGAAAUAUGGCUGUUGUAGAUGUGUUUAUGGAACACGGCCGGAUCAAUCCUCUGGAAGUUGUACUAGAAAUGGACAAGGAAGGCGACACACCUCUAAUCUCAGCCGCUCGAGGUGGAUGGUUCGAAAUGGCAAAAUUUCUCGUGCAGGACUGUGAUUUCAACAAAGAUAUCGUCGACGCCAACGGAAUGACGGCACUGCACUGGGCUGCACACCAGGGUCACACGGCAAUCGUAUCACUUCUGGUGGACGCGGGCGCUGACAUAAUGCGUCAGACCGAGACUGGCUUUACAUCUCUUUUCCUUGCCUGCAAUAAUAGGCGAGAUGAAACGGGGGUUUUACUGUUGGAGAAGACAGGCAUCCCAAAGGCUCUGACAUUAAAGGAUGCUUUUGGCCGUGGCUUGACACGUGUUGCGGCAUUGAACAACUGCAGUAACAUUUUGACCAAACUCAUUGAAUAUGCCAAGGAGGAAGGCAACGAUGCGCGAGUGUUGUGGGAGCAUUCUGAAGGGUGCUCACAUGCUUUCGCUGCCAUCGGAAGCGAUUGCCGUGAGAGUGCAAUGACUUUGCUGAAAGCCGGCGCCGCCGUGACAGGGUCCAAUGGAAAUCGUGACACAGCUCUUCACUGCGCAGUAUCUCAUGGCGACGCUGAUCUAGUCAAAUGGCUACUUGAAAAUAGGAGUGAAUCGCGUCUUUGGAUGGUCGCAAAGAACAAGGAAAAUCAAACUCCCGCAGGCGUAGCUGCUACCCGUCUGGAGGGGGGUGUUCUUGCCGACAUACUUGCCGACCUCUUACACUAUGAGGAGCCGGCUCGUGUCCGAGAUCUUGACACUACAGGGUGGAUAGGAAUUCACUGGGCCACAUUCUACGCGCGUCUAGAUCUCAUCAAGUUACUCGUGCGGAAGACAGCAGAUGGCACGAAUAAUAGUGUUCUUGCGGCAGACACUAGUGGUCGAACAGCUGCAGACCUUGCCCGCAGGCUACACCCAAAGCAAAUGAAGCUGCUGCAAUGGUUGAAGCCGGUGGACACGCUUGGAGAUCCAAGUGAUGUGCCACUCCUCCGGGAGCCGAAAGUCUCUGACGAAACUAAAGAUAUCUGCGGUAGAGUACCGGCAUUCCUGAUGGAUGUAUACGGUAGGCGUGGUACCCUGGUGAUACUGCUGUACGUUUCCGACAUCCUCUGCUAUGGGCCCGAUCCGAUCAUGUCCGUCGAAGCAGAGAAACGUGGCAUGGAUCGCAGGUUGAGAUCCAGAUGGAUUCACCUUCCACUAAAUAAUUUAACCGUGAUAGAAAAUAUGGCUCAAGGUACAUUAACUCAUGGGAUCAAAAUUAUUCCUUGCUCACCUUCACAGGACCUCAUACAUAGAAUUUAUUUCGAUAUUGCAGACGAGAACAUGGACAAUCUGGAAACAGCGGGCAACGAGUUUGAACCUACUUCUCCUAGGGGUUUGGCUCAUAACACAGAAACUAGCUGUCGCGACCUCGACAACUUGACAAAUUUCAGCGCAAUUUCUCCAGACAACAUACCAUCAAGUUUGGAAGAUGACGCAAUGAUUGUUAGCGGGACACAAACAAGCACCAAGCUUUUCUUUCCAGAUGCGCAAAACAAUCAAGUAGAAUCCGAGGAAUACCCAACAACGUUACCGUCAAACAACUUGCACGCCAAAGGAAAGCCUGCAAAUACACCCCGAAGAAUACCACCUGAAUGGAGGUCCUUGAAGAAGGUCAUCGAUCAUGCAACCAUUCAGCAUUCAAAGCUUUCUCGCUUUAUUGACGAGAAGAUGUCAUCCGAGCCCCGCGUUGGAUACUUGAGACCUAUUGCGCCGUUUAUUGAUGUAAGAUAUCGUUGA